AUGUUCUGCCAGUCAUUCACCUUUGAGCCUGGUCCAGCACAGGCAGACUACGUGUAUGCCGCAUUGACUGCUGUUGAUUGGAUAAAGGGGAAUGAUGAGUAUAGGAAACGAGUCGAGAGUUUCAAGAAGUCAGCGCACGCCACUGUGCCCAACCUGGACGAUGUCAAGAGUGGACAGGAUCGCUCUUUCUGGCGGAUUGCGCAUCAAUAUCUUAUCGCUAUUAAUAGAUUUGAAAAUUCUCGCCCAUUCAAAGCACCUCGGAAAGCGCAUAUUGACCACAAUAUUAAGCCCGAGCUUGUCAUUGCAAUGCGUGCUCUCGACACGAUUGGUUCAGCGUAUAUGCGCUGCGAUGGGGCUGCUUGGCUAGACGACGCCGGUAUGGAUGCACUCAUAGGAUCAGCCCUGCCAAACGAUGUGAUGGAUUUGCAUACCGACAUUAGUACAGGAGAAACCAGGAACACGCUACGUCUAAUCUACCCGGACGGACUCGAUAUGGAUCAGGCAAUGAAAGUCAUGUCCACCUAUCUCUCGGGCCAGUUGUGUGAACUCUUCCGCGGCCAUAAACGAGCACGGUUUGAUUGUCGCGAAGAUGGGAGGAUAGCCGCGUCGUCUGCCCCAUAUAGCUUUUGUCGUGCCCGCCACCGUCACAUUUUUGAGGUAAUGGAAGUUUAUAUCGACAAGUACGGUGAUCAAUUUUGGGAAUGGACAUGGAAGAUUUUCAAUAUGGCUAAGGCCCAGGUUACCGAAGAAGGGCUGAAAGAGUCUCUAAUUUGUGCGCUUAUCCGAUCCGUGAAGCGAGAUGAUCUACCACAAUCGCCCAUCUCAAGAUUCUUUGACGUUUACUACGAAAUGAUUGAAGAUGGGUCAGCGCAGAUGCAAAAGAACAGCCCCCUCGGCGUGAGUGAGGAUCUCGCAACAAUCACUCGUAAGAUCCAUUCAUUAUGGCAUGGUGAGCUGCUAAGUGACAGGAAAGAGCCAGGUUGGGGCCGUCGUUUUGAUGCCGAGUCUGACAGGCUCUUUGGUGAGGCUGCUACGCUUCUAGAAAAGAAUGGGAAUGUGGACGACAUGUACAAAUUUGCGAUUGCAUAUGGCCGCUUGAGCAAUGGUCUGCCUUAUAUUGCUUAUCACACUAUUGAUGCCAUCAUUAUGGCUAAUGGCAUUCUCUAA